AUGGACGUGCUUGCGGAAGAGUUUGGGAACCUGACGCCGGAGCAACUGGCUGCACCCAUCUCUACUGUAGAGGAAAAAUGGAGGCUGCUUCCAGCAUUUUUAAAGGUGAAAGGCCUCGUGAAACAGCAUAUAGAUUCAUUCAACUAUUUCAUUAAUGUGGAGAUAAAGAAGAUAAUGAAAGCCAAUGAAAAGGUUACAAGUGAUGCUGACCCCAUGUGGUACUUGAAAUAUCUUAAUAUCUAUGUCGGGCUCCCUGAUGUUGAAGAAAGCUUCAAUGUAACUAGACCGGUAUCCCCCCAUGAGUGCCGUCUGCGGGACAUGACGUACUCUGCCCCCAUCACAGUGGAUAUUGAAUAUACCCGAGGCAGCCAAAGAAUCAUCCGUAAUGCCUUACCCAUUGGCAGAAUGCCCAUAAUGCUGCGUAGUUCAAACUGUGUUCUUACAGGGAAGACGCCAGCAGAAUUUGCCAAACUGAAUGAAUGUCCUUUAGAUCCAGGUGGCUACUUCAUCGUUAAAGGAGUAGAAAAAGUGAUUCUAAUCCAAGAGCAGCUAUCUAAGAACAGGAUCAUUGUGGAGGCUGACAGGAAAGGGGCUGUUGGUGCUUCAGUUACCAGCUCUACCCAUGAGAAAAAAAGCAGAACCAAUAUGGCUGUAAAGCAAGGUCGAUUUUAUUUGCGGCACAAUACUUUGUCAGAGGAUAUUCCCAUUGUAAUCAUAUUUAAGGCCAUGGGUGUGGAGAGUGACCAGGAAAUUGUACAGAUGAUUGGAACAGAGGAGCACGUGAUGGCUGCAUUUGGGCCCAGUCUGGAAGAGUGCCAGAAAGCUCAGAUUUUCACACAGAUGCAGGCGUUAAAAUAUAUAGGGAACAAAGUAAGGAGGCAAAGGAUGUGGGGAGGUGGACCAAAGAAGACCAAAAUAGAGGAGGCAAGAGAACUCCUGGCUUCUACCAUCCUGACGCACGUCCCAGUUAAAGAAUUCAAUUUCCGAGCAAAAUGUAUCUACACUGCAGUGAUGGUGCGAAGAGUGAUUCUGGCCCAAGGAGAUAACAAAGUGGACGACAGAGACUAUUAUGGUAACAAGCGAUUGGAGUUGGCAGGACAGCUUUUAUCACUUCUUUUUGAAGAUUUGUUCAAAAAAUUUAAUUCUGAAAUGAAGAAGAUUGCAGACCAGGUGAUUCCUAAGCAAAGAGCUGCCCAGUUCGAUGUUGUGAAACACAUGCGUCAGGACCAGAUCACCAAUGGCAUGGUGAAUGCCAUUUCCACCGGAAAUUGGUCCCUAAAGAGAUUUAAAAUGGACCGCCAGGGUGUGACUCAAGUGCUGUCUCGCCUGUCGUAUAUAUCCGCACUGGGCAUGAUGACAAGAAUCUCUUCUCAGUUUGAAAAAACAAGAAAAGUGAGUGGUCCUCGAUCCCUCCAGCCAUCUCAGUGGGGAAUGCUCUGUCCUUCGGACACUCCUGAAGGAGAGGCAUGUGGUUUGGUUAAAAACUUGGCCCUUAUGACACACAUCACAACUGACAUGGAAGAUGGACCCAUUGUUAAAUUAGCCAGUAACCUGGGAGUAGAAGACGUGAAUUUAUUAUGUGGGGAAGAGCUCUCUUAUCCAAAUGUGUUUCUUGUCUUCCUCAAUGGUAACAUCCUGGGUGUCAUUCGGGACCACAAGAAGCUAGUGAACACGUUUCGACUGAUGCGAAGAGCCGGAUAUGUCAAUGAAUUUGUUUCCAUCUCGACAAAUCUCACGGAUCGAUGUGUCUAUAUUUCCUCUGAUGGGGGAAGGCUGUGCAGACCCUACAUAAUUGUUAAGAAACAGAAGCCUGCAGUCACAAAUAAACAUAUGGAAGAGCUGGCUCAGGGGUACAGGAAUUUUGAAGAUUUCUUACACGAGAGUCUGGUUGAAUAUUUAGAUGUGAAUGAAGAAAAUGAUUGUAACAUCGCACUCUAUGAACAUACAAUUAAUAAAGAUACCACCCACUUGGAGAUUGAGCCCUUCACUCUUCUUGGUGUUUGUGCUGGCCUCAUCCCAUACCCUCAUCAUAACCAGUCCCCAAGAAACACAUACCAAUGUGCCAUGGGGAAACAAGCCAUGGGUACCAUUGGAUACAACCAGCGGAACAGAAUCGAUACUCUCAUGUAUCUGCUAGCAUAUCCACAAAAACCCAUGGUUAAAACAAAGACCAUUGAGUUGAUAGAAUUUGAGAAACUGCCAGCUGGACAGAAUGCAACAGUUGCCGUGAUGAGUUACAGCGGCUAUGAUAUUGAAGAUGCCCUCGUUUUAAACAAGGCUUCCUUGGACAGAGGCUUUGGGCGCUGCCUUGUAUAUAAAAAUGCUAAAUGUACAUUGAAGCGCUAUACCAAUCAGACUUUUGAUAAAGUGAUGGGGCCGAUGUUGGACGCUGCUACGAGGAAACCCAUCUGGCGACACGAAAUUUUAGAUGCGGAUGGUAUCUGUUCUCCAGGUGAGAAGGUAGAAAACAAACAAGUGCUUGUCAAUAAGUCCAUGCCCACAGUAACUCAGAUUCCUCUGGAAGGAAGUAAUGUUCCACAGCAGCCACAGUAUAAGGAUGUGCCCAUCACCUACAAAGGGGCUACGGAUUCAUAUAUCGAAAAAGUGAUGAUCUCUUCAAAUGCCGAAGAUGCUUUUCUGAUCAAAAUGCUGCUGAGGCAGACGAGGCGUCCGGAGAUUGGAGACAAGUUCAGCAGCCGCCACGGGCAAAAAGGUGUUUGUGGCUUGAUCGUCCCUCAGGAAGACAUGCCGUUUUGUGAUUCUGGCAUUUGUCCGGACAUCAUCAUGAACCCACAUGGCUUCCCAUCGCGAAUGACGGUGGGAAAGCUGAUCGAGCUGCUGGCCGGCAAGGCCGGGGUGCUGGACGGCAGGUUCCACUACGGCACUGCGUUUGGAGGCAGUAAAGUGAAGGACGUGUGUGAAGACCUCGUCCGCCAUGGUUAUAACUACUUGGGGAAAGACUAUGUUACAUCUGGCAUCACAGGCGAGCCCUUAGAAGCAUACAUCUAUUUUGGCCCCGUGUACUAUCAGAAACUGAAGCACAUGGUGCUGGAUAAGAUGCAUGCCCGGGCGCGGGGCCCACGAGCUGUUCUUACCAGGCAGCCCACCGAAGGUCGAUCUCGUGACGGCGGUUUGCGUCUUGGAGAGAUGGAACGUGACUGUUUAAUCGGUUAUGGAGCCAGUAUGCUUUUACUAGAGAGACUAAUGAUUUCAAGUGAUGCCUUUGAGGUGGAUGUCUGUGGGCAGUGUGGACUUCUGGGGUAUUCUGGCUGGUGCCAUUACUGCAAGUCCUCGUGCCACGUGUCCUCCCUCCGCAUCCCGUAUGCCUGCAAGCUGCUCUUCCAGGAGCUGCAGUCCAUGAACAUCAUCCCCCGGCUGAAACUGUCCAAAUAUAACGAGUGA